AACACAAAAGGUGAGGUUGAGAGUAUUCAUCUUUUCACACACACACACACAAGCACUCACACAAACACACAUUCAAGAUUUCAGCAAAUUCUGGUUUGUUUCUUUUAUUUUUUUUUGUAUAAUUCCCCCCUUCUAUUAUUCCCCUCUUCUUUAAUCCCUUUCUGCAAAUCAUCUGUCUUUCAACAGGAAAAAAAUUAAUUGAUUUGGGUUUGUUCUUUUUGAUUUUCUCAAAUUUUCUUGUGAACAAAAAAAGCAAACUUGAUUUAAGUAUUUUUUUAAAACCAAGUGAGUCAGGUGUUUUCAGAAUAGAGAUCCAUCUUUUUUAAUUGGGUUCUAUUUCCAUUUCUUUUUUUGAAUCUUUAUUUUCCUCCCUUUAAAUCACACCUUCUUGGGUAUAUUUUUGUCCCACAAGGUUGAUUUUUUUUUUAAUUUUUUUAUUUACUUUAGUUAAUAUCUCAAGAAGAAAAAAGGGUUUAAUUAUUUGUUAAAACCCAUAUUUUCUGAAUUUCCCUUCCUUUUUUAUUGGGAAAAUCUUGAAAUCAUCACCUAUUUUUUUUUUGUUUAUUUUCGUUAAACAAAAAAGGUGUUUUUUAUUUUAUUUUAGUUUUUCUUUAAAAAAAUAUUGUUAAGAAAAAACAAAAUAAAAAUGGCUUCUACAAUGGAAUUAUGGAAUUUUAAUGAUUUCCAACAAUUUAAUGGUGGUGAGCUAAUGGAUGCACUUGAGCCUUUUAUGAAGCAACAACAAAUUUACCAAAAUACCCUUCCCUAUUCUUCACCUUCUACUUCUGUUUCUUCUUCCUCUUCUUGCAUCACCCAACAAUCCGGAUUCUACCCGGAUAUGUACCCGACCCAAGACCCGACUUUUUCAUCAUUCGGGUUAAACCUAAACCAGCUAACCCCAACCCAAAUCCAUCAAAUCCAAACCCAAAUCAACUUACCAACCCAUAGCAAUUACUUGGGUCCGAAACCCGUACCCAUGAAACAAUCCGGGUCACCACUAAAACCCACAAAACUAUACCGUGGUGUACGGCAAAGGCACUGGGGCAAAUGGGUCGCCGAGAUCCGUUUACCCAAGAACCGGACCCGGCUUUGGUUAGGUACUUUUGAUACAGCCGAAGAAGCCGCGUUAGCUUAUGACAUAGCCGCAUACAAGCUGCGUGGCGACUACGCGCGGCUCAAUUUCCCACACCUACGCCACAACGGCUCACACAUCACCGGCGCUGGCGGCGCGUUUGACUAUUCGCCGCUUCAUUCUUCCGUCCACGCGAAACUCCAGGCCAUCUGCCGGGAUCUCGCCGACGGGAAGAGUAUCGAUGCCGGAAAGAAGAAAAGUCAACGCCGGUCAACGAAAGUCAACGAGGCGGUGGAGCAGCCGGAGGAGGUUGUGAAGGUUGAAGGGUCGGAGACUUCGACGAUAACCGAAAGUGGUGGCUCCGGUGGGUCUUCGCCGUCUUCGGAGCUGUCGUUUCCGGAAUUUACUGAUGACGGUGGCGCGUGGGGCGCGUCGGAUUGUCUUGCUUUGGAAAAGUAUCCGUCUUAUGAGAUAGAUUGGGGUUCUAUAUAAGUCAGUUAAAUCAGUUAUGUAUUUAGUUAUGACUGCCACUUGUUUUUUUAGAUCAGGUGGUGGAAAUUGUUAGGGGUAUAUUUUGUAAUCUGUAGGAGUACAUGGUAUGUUGUGUAAAUUUAGGAAAAGGGGGCUACUGCAAUUAAUUUUUGACAAUUGCAUAGCUUAUUGCUUUUCGUUAGUUGUUACUAUAUAAUUAUUAUGUUGUAUUUUGUUAGUUGUUUAUGUAAUUCUAUGAAGUUUAAUAAUGUUAUUAUGUAUAAGCUUUCGUGUCA